AGUAGUCCCGUCAACAGGUGAGUUUAACGUGUGUCUGGAAGGCACCCACCACUGUCACCCAAAAGCUGUCUGCACAGAGAUGAAAGGUACCUAUCGAUGUGACUGUUUCGACGGAUAUGUUGGCGAUGGAUUCACUAAAUGUGAACCAUUUUGUCAUGGCCGAUGCCUCAAUGGAGGAAAGUGUUUGGCGCCAAAUGUCUGUGAGUGUCGCCAUGGCUACAUAGGUCCCAACUGUGAACUUGACAUUGACGAGUGUGCCCUGGGUAUAUCGUCCUGUCGUGGACACUCCGUCUGUAUUAACCAGCCGGGAUGGUACCAGUGUGACUGUCUUGAAGGUUUCCAUAGCAACUGGCCAGACAACCAUUAUGGCAGCCUCUGUCUAGAUAUUAAUGAAUGUGCGGGAGAAGGAAAUGGCCACACAUGUCAUCCCACAAUGCAUUGCAUCAAUGAGGAAGGGUCGUAUCAGUGUGGAUGUAUCAACAACAGCACGUGUCUGAAAAACUGCUUGUUCGAGGGCCAGGAGCACAAGAAUGGUGACACGUGGCUCUCCACAGUGGACAAGUGUCUUUCUUGUACCUGUCAGUCUGGAGUAACCACCUGCCACAAGAAGGAUUGUGAGUGCUCUGACCCUGAGGUGGACAAUGACUGCUGUCCAUUUUGUAACCUAACUGCCCAGUGCCCCCACCAAGAGUUCUCCUUCUUCAUGCAGAAUGGGGAGAGGUGGACCUUCCAGUGUCAAACCUGCGAGUGUCUGCAAGGAGAGGUAGAUUGCUGGCCUCUGGAAUGCCCUGAGGAUCGGUGUCACAACAUGGUGCAGGAGAAGGGAGACUGUUGCCCACGCUGCAUCGAUGACAACCCCUGCAUCAACCCUAACCUUGGUCUGGGAGGACAGGACCACUCCACAGCAAAGUGCAUGUAUCUGAAUCAUCAGUUCGGACACGGAGACUCCUGGGUGCUGGAGAGUGACAAGUGUACAUCCUGCGAAUGCAAGGCUGGUCACAUCUGUUGUUCCUUCAACCAAACCUGCUAUGCUGAAGCUGGUCUACCUACUGCCGCCCCCGAAGACCAGAUCUCCCUGGGAUAGUAUCAUCCAGCUGAAGCUGACCUGGACCAGAUCAAACCAGAUCAUCCCAUUUGGACCAGAUCAGACUGGUCAACUGUGCUAUGACCAGAUAAGACUUGAUUAAUCUGGAGUGAUCCACAUUGGACCAGAUAAUCACUUUGCUAAGAUCAGAUAAAUAUCUGGUAUGACUAUAGAUAUUGUUUUAUUUUGUUUCCUGUUGACUGACUGAAAUAUGUUUUGCACUUUGAAUUUUGACAGUUGUAAUGUUGUUUAAAAUGUACCUCAGACUCUGCAUCAGCUUGAUCUGCUCUUCCCUGUAGAACAUUUAUACAGAACAUUCAGCUGCUCAUACCUGUCUGGGAUCAGACAUGAGGAGCAGGAUGUCAGGUUUUGAAAACUCAUGAGAUGUGACAUCUGGUCGGGCUACAACGGGGACAAAAGACUACAUAGAAGAAUUGUAUCUUU